AUGAAUUCACUUUAUAUAAUACUGUUGUGCUUUGUUGCUGCUGCUGCAGCAGGAAAAUCUUCAAGAAAAUUAAAUCAUUCUCCGCAGGAGAGUCGUGAAGAAUUAUUACUAGACUUAUACAUUGAUAAAUUCAAGAGUUUAAAAACUUUUUUUUCACAAGAUGAAAUUGAUGUCUCACCGGACGAGGUGCGACCAAAUCUACGUUUUGCUGCGAAUUCCUAUACAAGCCUGGAGGGCCAGUUGUUAGAGUGGUGUCUCUCUCCCUCUGUUGGUGGGGCAAUAGUUGAUACUGUGAAGACACAAUUGGCUCAGAUAAACAAUUAUUUGGAUGCAUUGCCGUCAGUGCCAGCGAAAGCAAAAAUUUAUGACUUCAGAGCAGUCAUCACAUCAUAUAACGGAAUUGUGCAAUUAACUGAAGUUGAGGGGCAGCCGCCGCAACAUCUAAAUAACCAUGUGUGGGAGUUAAUAAAACAAUUGCCCAUUGGACCAAUCCCGGCAAAAAAUACAACAAAGCUAAAUUUUGCUGACAGCUUAUUGAAAGCAAAUAAAAUAAUUACAGAGUCCCUACACAGCAUUAAUACAUCAAGGAAUGUCAAUACUCUAAACAUAACUCCAGCUAUAUAUAACAAAUGCGAAACGAUCCACUAUAUAUUGUUGCCACAUAACCCAGGUCAACCGCUAGCAACGAGCUAUGCAACUCGACAAUCAACAAAUCCAGAAGUAAGAAGCACUCAUACAACAACAGUUUCGGGAGAAAGAAGCCAGUUAACGGCAACGCAAGAUACCAACUACCAAAAAACUCACUCUACUCAACCACCGAACGUCUCGGGUACAAGAAACGGGAAUAAAGGAGCGUAUUAUACGAGACACGCAACAUCUACUCCACCACCAAACGAUAUUGGACGAAGAUUCCCCUACGAGACCACUCCAGCAACAGAUUUCUCGGUGACACGCAUAUGUCAAUCGGACGCUAAUUUGAUUCAAGCAAAUUUAGCGAAUAAUGAUUUGCGUAUCUUAUACAACGGACCUCAACACGUUGUCAGCGCAUUGAAUACACAAGUCGGUGCUAACAUUAAUUUACAGGAAUCUAUCACAAGAGUUGAAAAUAUUAUAAAGUAUCGAUUCUUAACUCCUGGAAAAGAAAAUUGGUCAUCAGCACAAUAUGUACAGUUUACCCUUUGUCUAAACGAAAAUAAUACUCAUCUAACUUUUAAAAUGAUACCCUAUUCACAAUAA